CUUGACUCAUCACAUCACUUACGCCGCAAGGCGGAGCUAGCUAACAUGGGCGACGCUGGAGUGGAGGCGAAGACCGGAGACGGCGCAGCGUCGCUGACUGCGCCACUGGCACGCGCGCCGUCCCGCCGUAAAACGUCGCAGCAACAACAAAAGCACAAGCACCUCUUCUCCGUGCCCCUCCCGCACCUCUGGACCCACGGCCACGAGCUCGAGCAGGAACUCGAGUCCCUCCUUCACACUAUCACCACGCUCCCUCCACACCUGAGACACCAUCGAGACGAGGAGCUGUACACGCUCGUGAAUGACAGCUUGGCGACACUGCGGACCGGUGCGCCGCUGGAGCGCACGACAACGAUCACGACGCUAGGUCUCGGUCCACCGCCUGACGGAGGGCGUGAAGCGUGGCUGUGUAUCAUCUCGGCGUUCCUCAUCCUCGCCAGCGUCUUCGGCUUCGUCACCAGCAUGGGACAACUUAACGCCUACUACCUCAGUCACCAGCUCAGCGGAUAUUCCAAGUCGAAGGUGGCAUGGAUCGCAAGUUGCCAGAGCACGCUCAACUUCGUUCCCUCCGUACUUUGGGGACGCGUGUUCGACGCACACGGAGCACGCGGCCUAGUCAUCUCCGGCACGGUGGUGUGCUUCCUCGCCCUCGUCGCCGUGGCUUUCUCGCACGAGUUCUACCAGUUCCUACUCGCCCACAUGCUCUUCGGGAUCGGCGCGAGCCUGACCUACUCCCCCGCAACAAGCGUCGCGCCCCACUGGUUCCUCCGGCACCGGAGCACGGCGGUGGGCAUCAUCGUGUGCGGUGCGGGGCUUGGCGGCGUGGUGUACCCCAUCAUGAUCAAGCAGCUUACCGACCUGUUGGUGUUCCGCGACGCCAUCCUCAUCAUUGCCGGCGUGACCGCCGCACUCAUGCUCCCCGCGUGUGUGUGGCUCAAGACUCGCCUGCCGCCACACAGGCCGCCGGCGUGGCGUGACCUCAGCAAGCCGUGGCGCGAGAAGGAGUAUGCGUUCCUCGUGCUCGGUGCAGCCGUGUUCACACUCAACUUCUUCACGCCGUACUUUGACGCGCCUGUACUCGCGGCCAACAACCUCGCCCCAAACGUGGCGUCGUACGCCGUCGCACUCCUCCAGACAGGCUCGUUCGUGGGCCGCGUGCUGGCCGGCGUCCUAGCCGACAAAGUCGGCGUGUGGAACCUCUUCGGGAGCGUGGGCUUCGCCACGCCCAUCUGGGUGCUCGCGACGUGGAUCCCGCACGUCGGGUCAGCGGGUGGCAUCGUCGCGCUGCUCGGGUACGGCGUGCUCUCCGGAGCGUGGAUCACGCUCGUGUCCGCCUCGGCGGCGGCCAUCUCGCCCACCCGCGAGAUUGGGUUGCGGCUCGGCAUGCUCUGGUCGGCGACGGGGCCGCCUAUCCUCAUUGGGCCGAGCGUGAGCGGGCAGUUGAUCGCAGCGACAGGGGGAAAGUUUACCUACGCUGGCGUGUUUUGUGGGGUCACGCUGUUCGCUGGCGCGGUGCUGAUCGUCGUGCCGCAUGUUGGCAACUGGCUGAGGAGGCGGAAGCGGCGAGUCGCCGAGGACGAGACCCCGGCGGGGUUUGAGUCGGUUGCUCCGCGGAGUAGCAGUACCAGCAGCCCAUCACUCCAGCUUCGCGACCUCGGUGAGGUGCACGACGGCGCCGAGGCAAAGGACGACGACGCGGAGGCCACGUUCGGCCCUGAAACGAGCGCGAGCACCACACUCGUCGACAUUGCCUCCCUCAACAAACCCUAGACAGCCCGAGGCUAUGUACAAACAAUGCAUGGAUCUAUCCCUAAGCA